AAUUGAACUCAGGUCUCUCACACAGUGCUCUAACCACUGAGCUCCAGGACCCCACGUCGUGGUGGUGAGGCCACAGUUACACAGUGACGAUGAGCUCGUUCGUGGGCCGUAUGAAGGAGUACGAAAGUGUGUCCAUCGACAGAUUCGACCGAGAAAACCUCCUGGCAAAGGCGUACUUCCUGUCACACUGCCACAAAGAUCACAUGAUGGGAUUGAGAGCCCCUCCCUUGAAAAGACGCCUGGAAUGCAGUCUGAAGCUCCGGCUCUACUGUUCCCCCGUCACGAAGGAGCUGCUUCUGACCAAUCGCAAGUACAGGUUCUGGGAGAACCACAUCACGGCUCUUGAAGUUGAAACUCCAACACAGCUCUGCCUGGUUGACGAGGUGACGGGUGAGCGGGAAGAGUUGAUGGUCACACUCCUGUGCGCGGGUCACUGCCCGGGCUCUGUCAUGUUCCUGUUCGAGGGCUCGGAGGGCACAGCUCUGUACACGGGGGAUUUCAGGAUGGCCAAGGGCGAGGCUGCUCGGAUGGAGCUCCUACACUCAGGGGGCAGGGUCAAAGAGAUUCAGAGUCUUUACAUCGACUCCACCUUCUGCGAUCCCAGAUUCUACCAUAUCCCGAGCAGGGAGGAGUGUCUGAACGGGAUCCUGGAGUUAGUGCGAGGCUGGGUCACUCUCACCUCCUACCACGUUGUCUGGCUCAACUGUAAGGCGGCUUACGGCUACGAAUACCUCUUCAUGAACCUCAGCGACAUGUUCGGGCUGAAAGUCCAUGUUAACAAGCUGGACAUGUUUCAGAAGAUGCCCGACAUCUUGCAACACCUCACGACAGACAGGACCACGCAGAUACACGCGUGUCGACACCCCAGGGACGACGAAUAUUCCCACGGAGGGAACUGGUUGCCGUGUGGAGCCACCGCCAAGGAUGGGACACCACUCCGUAUCAUCAGCAUCAAACCCUCCACCAUGUGGUUCGGGGAGAGGAGCAAGAAGAUGAGCGUGAUCGUGAGGACUGGAGAGAGUUCGUACAGAGCCUGUUUCUCCUUCCACUCCUCGUACAGUGAGAUAAAGGAUUUUCUGUCCCAUAUACAGCCGUUGAGUGUCUACCCCAGUGUCGUGCCUAUGGGGAGGAGCAUUGAUGUCAUCACAGAUAUUUUGAAGCCGCUGUGCAGGAAGUGUGUGGAGAACGGGGAACCUGUUUACAAACCGCUGGGAAAACUGAAAAGAGGGAAACGGGAAUUCCUGGAUGACUCUGACAGCGAUCACGGGGACCACGACGGCCUCUUUGAUGAUCUCCCGGUUCCGGUGAGGAGAAGGUUACCGGGGAGCGAGCCCCACGAUUGUGCCGACACGGCAGCUGGCGAGAACGCCGGUCGGCCGCAAACCGAGUUCUUCGAUUGCGAAGAGUCGAACGACGAAGACGAGGAGGCUGAUGAGGAGCGAGAUGAUAUUUCCGGGGCGGACGCUGCGAGCGUUCCCGGGAUUCUGCCUCCGCCGCCACCACCCUCCUCCUCCGAGCCUGACGCGCUCCGCUGGGACAUGUUCUUCAAGCGGGAGCCGGGCUCGCUUCCCAAAGGUGGGGAAUCGGGGAGGACGAGGGAGCAGGGGGAGGAGCGAGGCUCACGAUCGCCCGAACUCUUCACCGACUCCGAGGAAGACGGAUAUUCCCCCUCUCCCCAACGGCCUUCAUCCCAAAGCUCUUCCCAAUCGGUGCGGACGUGGGAACCCGGGAGCCAGGGCAGCCUGUCCGAGCCCGAGCGCUCCCAGGACGGAGUGGGAUGGGCGGGGGUCGUCCGGCCAGAGCAGGGGAGAGGUCGGAGGGCGCUCUGGGAAGGGAACGCUGACAGCCGCGCGUGUCGGAACUCCGGGAGUGGCCCAGACCUCGGCGAAGACCCCCGGGGACAGAGCUGGGGGGCGGACUCCGGCCCCAAGCCGGAUUCGCAGGGCUCCUCGGAUUUCGACAUCCCGUCCACUCCAGACUCGGAACACCCCCUCCCGGACCAGCUGCGGGAUUUGUACUGUAAACUGGCGGCGGGAGAGGCCGUGCGGACGGGAGAGGGCAGGGGAGCGAUGGGCAGUGCGGAGCGUUGAUCUGCGGCGGAAGCCUUCUUUGUCGAGG